AUGACUAAGAAGAAGACUGCUCGACGUCUGAAAACAGAACGACGUCGGGUCCAGGAUCUCUUGACGAACGAAAGAGGUCAAACUCCGCAAGCCCUGAGAAAUCAAGCUUUUCAAUCGCUACACGACUUCACGAUAUAUGUCUUGGCGAGACUCGCCUCGAUGUUUCUGAAGUCUUUCCUUAGCUACUGUCUGGCGCUUUUCUUGUUCAAGGCCUACAUUGAUAUAAUACAGCCCUCCAUCAACAUUUUCCGGACUUGGUCUCACGGAUUCGCUAGUGAUGAGAAUUAUUGUUAUUAUUCGAAUGAUUGAAUGAAAUUUUGAUUGAAAGUCUCCGAUUUUACAGAUGAUAUUUUUGUGAAUGAAAUAAAUCAUUAUUAUUAAAAGUGAGAGCAAAACAAGGAAAAGACAUGAAGUAAAAUCGCUUGCCAGCUUCACCGACUGAGAAAAUUGCUAGUGGCCACUGUAGAGGCUCGCUAAGGACUACUUGGAAAGGACACUAAAGUGGCCACUAAACUCACCUCUAUAGUGGCCACUAUUUUUCGUUUUAGUGGCCACUUCAGUAGUUUUUCAUUCAGUAUUCCUUCCAAUAACUCUGAUAGUUUUGAAACAAACUGAUUGGACCAGUUAUGUUGAUCCAUUGACCCCUUAAGUGGCCACUAAUUUUUAACCCCUUAAGUAGCCACUAUUUUGACUACUUUAGUGGCCACUAAUACGUCAAAACUCUAUAGUGGCCACUAAAAAUUUUUGCAGGAAAGCUAAAAAAUUCGUUUUUGAUUUCUCGAAUAUAGAAUAUGAUAUUUUCAGUAAAGAAAACUCAUGAAUUUUAUUUAAAAAAACCGUUUUGCUUUUAGGUUCUCCUCCUUCGCGAUCUUCUCAAAGCUGGCUCGAAGAAAAUUUUUUCUCUUAAUCUGUUAUUUUUGGAAAAAAUAAAAUGACUAAGACGCUGAUCCUGAAACAUUUCUCAUUUUAGAGAUUAGACCCUGCAAAGCUCGCUUUUUUUGAAAAUGUACAGAAAAGUCGAAUUCUACAGCUAUCUUCUUUGAAAGUUGGAACUUUCUGAAACUUCUGCUAGGCCAUCAAAGAAUUUCUCGGCAAGAUUUGAUGAGAUUCCGAAUUUUCGAGCAGGUGAGCCUAACUUUUGGCACACCUACUCAUUUUCCACUUCCUCCACAGGGAAUCUCACAUUUGCUCUUUGAGCAAAAUUUCAAGUUAAGAGCUCUCAUUUUGCACUAUUCCGAUAAUUAACAUGCAAGUCAGCUUGUUUUGUUUUGCCGGAGAAGAGAAAGUGCAAUUCUCGGUUGUCAAGGCGGCGAUUCGCCCGAGGAUUCUCAUAAAAACCUCUUCUAAUUAUUCCAAUUAGCCGCCGGUACUUAUGAAAAACGCGGAAACAUUCUUCCUCCAACUACUUUCUUCUCGUUAUGCGGGUUCGUUUCUUAUUUCAGAUUUAUUCAGAUAUUUUUCUUAAUCUUCGAAUAUAACCUUAAAAAAAUGAUUACUUAUCAGAAAAAAAUUAUAAAAUGUUGCUGUACAAGUUAAAUGUCGCUUUCAAUUAGCAUAAAAAAAGUUGGCGGCUUUUUUUUUUUUUAGUGGCUACCAGACACAAAUAGAAAAUUUACGACAAAGGUUCGAACCUUUUUUGAUUUUUGAGGUUUUUGCCAGUUCCUGAUGUUUAUAAAAGUUGUAAAAUUUUAAGAACUAAAUAUUCGAGUAAAAAAAAUAAUAAAACGAUAAUUUUUUGAUCUUACAAAGUUUUUUUAAACGAAGAAACAAGAAAAUCAGUUUGUAAUCUAGGAAAAACUUUAGUGGCUUCUCAAGGGCUUCUUGGAGAGGUCACUAAAGUGGCCACUAAGACCUCCUCUAUGGAAGCUACUAUUUUGCGUCUUCGACUACUAUAGUUGAUCUAGUAUUACCCCUUAGACUGCUAAAGAAGCAACUUCAGGCUCUUGAGUGAUCACUAGAGCGCUAAAAUCCUAUAGUGACUCCUAGAAAAUUUCACAGUUGGUCUCUAAUUUUUUUUUUCUUGGUCGCACCGGGAAUGAACCUUACCGUUAGAAUGAACCUACAGCCGUCAUCAAGUUCUCUAGUGCUGUAAGAGGCUCCCGCGCGCAAGUCGUUUUAGGUCGGCUGAAGCAACUUCAACGCUCAGAGUCGUACCACAGUGUUCCAAAAGAGACGGCGGCAAGCCAAAAAAAAGGUCGUCGCAAUGGGGCGAAAACGCGAGUUUUUUCUAACGCAACGCGGUGCGGCGCGUGUCACCCCCACAAAAUUUCAUUCACUUUUAAUACGGUUUUUUCUCUUUUUCUUGCGUAUUUUACCAUUCUUUCGUAUUUUUUCACGCUGUAUGUGUUCUUAAAACGUGUUUAUCGCGUUUUCCAGAGAUUUGAAAGUGAUUUUUCGAUUGUUCUCGUCACAGAAAUUUGCAUUAAAAAGGACAUUUUUUUGAUGACAACUUAUUUCGCAUAAGAUAUUUCGUUUGUUUUUUUUGUUUUAGAAUUUUCAAAUGGACUUUCUUAAGAGAAACGCUGUGAGAUUUUUCUCAAAAUUUUUUUUUCGAGGCAGUAUUCGACGAAUUUAUUCUUGAAAAUGUCAUUUUGGGUGACAACUUUAUUCGUACAAGCUAUUAUGCAUCUGUUUUUGUUUUAAAACGUUCAAGUGGUAUUUCUUAAGAGAAGUGCUGUGAGCUUUUUCUCAAUUUUCCCUUUGGAAGUUCGAUUUGACGAGUUUUCCUAAAAAACGAUAUUUUGGGAGAUAUUUUGUUUUGCAAAAACUUUUUCGUCUCUUUUUUCAUUUAAAUUUGUUCGUUAUAAUUAUAUACACAUUAAAAAUCUUCGAAAACUCGCGAGAACCUAGGAAAAACAUCAUUUAAUGGUCUUUUUCCAACCACUAAAUCCACAAAACUUGACUCUCAUUCCCGCGCCCCUAUUGCAAUAAACCGUGCCGCUGUUGCAGUCAGCCACGCCUACUGACCACAGCUGCCGCUCGUUUGGGAACACUGUGGUACCAAGUGUGACCACGCGCUUCUACAUCAGAAAUAUAAGAUAAUCAUUGUUCUAUCUCAUUUUCAGAUGCCCCAAUAUCCCAACUCGACGCCUGAGCCGAUCUUCCGCUCCGAUUUCGUCGAUUUCUACAUUCUGAUCAUCAUCGGCCUCAUGUUAUCGGCCUGCCUCUGCUUUAUGUGCUUGUGUCUUCGAAACUGA